CAGCCGGCCGAAUGGAGCGGCGCCGGGGCUGAGCCGGGCGCACUCGGGCCGCCGCAUGUGCCGCGCGGGGAGCAGCUGCCGAGCGGCCGGAGAGCGAACGCCAGGGGCCCCGUCGGAGCGGCCGCAGGAGCAGCGCCGGAGAUGGGAGAACAGCCCAUCUUCACCACCCGAGCGCACGUCUUCCAGAUUGACCCCAGCACCAAGAAGAACUGGGUGCCCGCGAGCAAGCAGGCCGUCACUGUUUCCUACUUCUACGAUGUCACCAGGAACAGCUAUCGGAUCAUCAGUGUUGAUGGAGCCAAGGUGAUCAUAAACAGCACCAUCACCCCGAACAUGACGUUCACCAAAACCUCGCAGAAGUUUGGGCAAUGGGCAGACAGCAGAGCCAACACAGUGUUCGGUCUGGGAUUCUCCUCAGAGCAGCAGCUCACCAAGUUUGCAGAGAAGUUCCAGGAGGUGAAAGAAGCUGCCAGGCUAGCCAGAGACAAGUCCCAGGAGAAAAUCGAGACCUCGAGUAAUCAUUCCCAAGAAUCUGGGUGUGAAACCCCGUCUUCCACUCAGGCAUCCAGCGUCAACGGAACAGACGAUGAAAAGGCCUCACAUGCCAGCCCGGCCGACACACACCUCAAGUCUGAGAAUGACAAGCUGAAGAUAGCGUUGACACAGAGUGCUGCCAAUGUGAAGAAGUGGGAGAUUGAGCUGCAGACCCUGCGGGAGAGCAACGCCCGGCUGACCACAGCCCUGCAGGAGUCGGCGGCCAGCGUGGAGCAGUGGAAGAGGCAGUUCUCCAUCUGUCGUGAUGAGAAUGACCGACUCCGCAGCAAGGUCGAGCAGCUGGAAGAGCAGUGCGAAGAGAUAAACAGAGAGAAGGAGAAGAACUCCGAGCUGAAGAGCAGGAUCGAGGAGCUGGAGUCCGAGCUCCGGGAAAAGGAGGUGGAGUUGAAAGACCUCCGGAAACAGAGUGAGAUCAUACCUCAGCUCAUGUCCGAGUGUGAAUACGUCUCUGAGAAACUAGAGGCGGCCGAAAGAGACAAUCAAAACUUGGAAGACAAAGUGCGGUCUCUAAAGACAGACAUCGAGGAGAGCAAAUACCGACAGCGCCACCUGAAGGGGGAGUUGAAGAGCUUCCUGGAGGUGUUGGAUGGCAAGAUCGAUGACCUCCACGACUUCCGCCGGGGACUCUCCAAGCUGGGCGCAGAUAACUAGGCCAGGCCACGAGUGGCGAGUGUGUGUGUGAGGUGAAGUAGGCAUAGGACAUCCUCCAUUUGUGUCGCUUCUGCCAAUGCAGGUGCAUCCUAUCUGUCUCCAGACCAGUCGUGCCGUCCACCCAGUCCUCCCGGAUAGAAAAAUCUCUCGCUUCUCUGGCCUCGUGAGGUGUGGGCGACUGGAAGCUUCUGACUCAGGAAUCCAGAACUCGGUCUACCUUAGCCGUUUACGCAGUCAGGCAGGGAUGUUUAUAUCUUUUUUUUUUUUUUUUUUUUUUAAGGGCUGUUGCAACCCUAUGAACUGGGUGGGUGGGGGAGUAUUUUCUAAUCCAACUAUCAAUAUCCUUUACAACAGGCCACUGGGCGCCUUCUACUGAGUAGCAUUCAGGGUGUGUGACUCUCCAGCAGAUUCUAGUCCAUGGGGCACAUGAGGGGAUCAUCUUUUCCCUCCGUCUGCAUUUUGAUGCUUCAGCUGAUGUAUCUAACCUUUUGACGUUGUGAUACAGCUUCGUCAUCCGUAAAAUUCACACUCAAGGAUUGACUUACCUACAAAGAAAUAAUUGUCAAAAACAAACAAACAAACCACCUUACAAUGUUUUAAGCCAAUUUACUGUUUUGUGUUGGAGCACAUUCUUAGUUAUCCUUGGCUACAUGUGGCCCUCGGACUGUAGGUCAGGCAUACCUUCUUAAAAGGAACCAUUUAGUGGAAACUUUACCAGAGGGAAGAAAACCCAGAACUUUUGGGGUGUACCUAUAGACAGGAACUCACUGUAUCCACUGUGCCCCAUCUCCCCCAUUACUACGGUUGCGGCUAUGUUUCUUUUCUUGUGUUUCUUUUUUUUGUUUUGUUUUGUUUUUGUUUUUUGUUGUUGGUUGGUUGGUUUUUGUUUUGUUUCUAUUUCCGAGCAUAUGCUUACGCUGUGGGAACGGAUGCAGGAGUGUGCUUAGGAUAGUGCUGGGCACACCAUAGGUGCUUAAUAAACAUUUGUUCAAUUAAACUUAGUGCUUUAAUCGGAUCCCACAGCAGAGUUCCGGCCCUUGUUGAAUCAUGCAGCAUCUUCCCAGGGCUGAAGAGAUGACCUGCAGGGAAUGCAGUCUGCUGCAGGCAAACCCAGAUGUGGCUCUGAGGAGGGACACCGGCAAUGGAGUGACCCUCCUGCAGGGUGCCCAGCCGUGAUCCCCAUAGAGGGCAUUGCCGUGGGACUGCCUUCUCUUCCAGGUAGAGCUCCUGUAGUCUGAGGCUUCGAGGAUCCUGGGAGAGCCUGGGAUAGGAGCUACCACGGGCCUAGAAGCUCGGCCGGGUUCCUACAAUGGGCUUGAACAACCGAGAAGAUGUCCUACAGGCCAUGAGGGUAAGAGAGCUGCUCAGGUGGCAGCCCUUGGCCUUGGUGACAGAGCAGCUCUGCUCUGCCCGGGUCUGCCUUCCCUUAGGUCCUGCUAAGGAAGGACCUGGAGUCCUAAAGCUCUCCUCUCGCAGACUUCUUAGUGGAGCCAUUGGGCACUGAGGUCCACCCACAGGCAUCCGUCCUUUAGAGAGAUGCCCAUGGGAAACAAGAUGUUUUAAGUCCGGACCCCCAGCCCUUCUAAAUGCCCUGGUCAAGGGGAACUUUGGUAUUCCCUAGCUCUAGAUAUGAAUUCACACAGUUAGGAAUUCAUCCUCGUGACUUUGCAUGAACUCUCUUAUUCAUGCAGACAGCCUGAGGAAGGGGCCGGGCCGGCAUGUCUGCCACCCGGGCCCCCGUGGUGACUUCCAAGCCCUCAUCUUUCCCUGCUGUAGCAGUCACUCUGGUCAAGGAACUCUAUUGGGAUGGGAAAGGAAGGAAGGCUGGCGAUAUGGAGUGCUGAGGUGUGUUAAGGGGGACCCGUCAAAUUGUGGUGUCUUGUGCAAUGGGAGUGGUCACCUGUGAUGUAAUUCACCCCAGGGUGUGACUGAUCCCACCUUCCCCUGCAGCUCCCAAUAGGUCUCAUCAGUAGCAGCUCCUGCUGGACCACUAGGAACAAAGACUGGGCUAGCUAUGACCCAGCCUGGGUAAGGGGCUGUCUUCUUAGACCAUCUUGGCCUCCCUGUCUGUCAGCAGCCUGGGCACACGGCUGCCCAGGAGCAGCAGACACCGGGAUUCUCAUCUUGGGCUUCGCAGGUAGAUAGACGUAGGCAUGUAGAAGGAGCUCUUGGCUGGUGAGGGUGUGAGCUGGUGACAGGGCCGUAUGAACAUAGCUGCUAAAGCCCCUUCUUCAUCCUCAUGGCAGUGACUUCCAAAAGCGCUGAAAAUGGAAAUGCAGAAAGUUCUGGAAGUUAGUACUACAGUGGGCUGAGUCCAUGAUCCUUGUUGUGAGCCAUUGAAGAGUCUGGCAGCUUCUCGUAGCCAGCAGAUGGGGAAACUAGAGUUUUGGGGCAUCCCCCAAACUGCCGCAACCCAGGAGCCUGCAGGCCUAGAGACCUCUCGCAGGGUGAUUUAGGCUCCGCAGCAAACAUGUGCGAGACUAAGCACUGACCUUCCCUUCCACCUGCUUUCUCUAAAGAGCUCAUGUUUCUUCAUCUGCUCUCCUUUUAAGAACAGUCGUGACCCAGAAACAGCCUGGGUGGCCAACAGGAGGCUGACCCCGAAUACAACCUCCAGCCCUGCAAAAGGUGGGCUCUGUACAGAGCAAACAACCCACUAAUUGUUCAGUCUCCAUUCACACUCAUGUGACGUGCCUCCAGUUAUUGUGAUGUCGGGCCCAGCCCUGGGACUGAUGUCAUGACCUCUAACCUUGUGCAGGUGCAGUGAGCUGUCGGCUCCCAGCAAUUACUGCUGCGGUGUGUGCCGCCUCCAAACCAGGUGACCCCUGAGCUCUCCUGGUCUUGACAACUCCGAGACUGGCAGUCCAUGCCUUGCUUAGCUGGCUUUCUGCAGCCGUUCACACGGGGCCUAAAAGAGGCCAAGGAAAACUCAGAGAACCCUUUAACCAUAACCCGUGUGCAUUUCUGACAAGUCUGGUAGGGACAGGACGUGCUUCUGGUGCUUCAGGAAUGUAACUAGAAGUGCAGAUUAGGAGAGCCACACAGAGCCCAUGCUAGCCCUCCGAUCAUCCCCUCCCCCCCAAGAGCUGUCACUGUAGACCUUCAUUGGGGGAGAGAACUUGGCAGAGAUCAUCAGCAGGAAGUGGAGGCAGAGUGGCGUGCCCAGGGGACCCC